GGGCUGGCCGCGCCCGCGCCGCCGGGCUGCGAGCGCUUCCUGCGCUGCUGCCGCCGCCAGGGACUGCUGCCCGCCGCCGAGGGUGGGCCCGGAGCCGCCUCCCGGCCGCUCGUCCUCCUGCUGGAUGACAACUUCUAUUACCAGAGCAUGCGCUACGAGGUGUUCCAGCUGGCCCGCAAAUAUUCCUUGGGCUUCUGCCAGUUAUUUUUAGAGUGCCCACUGGAAUGCUGCCUGCAGAGGAAUCGCCUCAGAAGUGAUCCCGUGCCUGAGCAGACAAUACAAUUAAUGGCAAGGAAAAUAGAAAUGCCAGAUCUCAGGAAAAACGCUUGGGAGCAGCACAGCCUCAUUCUGAAUAGUUCUGAUUGCAUCUCAGAGGAUGAUGAGCAGAUCAUGAACUUGCUGGCCACUGCUUUGGAAAAUCCAGAGAGGCCAAACGAGGAGGACACGGAGCAAAAGGAGGCAGCUCGAGCCAUCUGUGCAGCCAGUGCUGUCCAUCAGGCUGACCAGGCGUGCAGGAGGGUCAUCUCUCAGGCAAUGCAGGAUGCCAAAGGUACCUCUUCUACCUGUCCUACCUGUCCUACCUGCUAA